UUUGCCGAUCCAGGUCCAUUAGGAUUUAUUAGCUUUGUACUCUGUCUUACACCCACGAUUGCAUGUUUAUGUUUCUGGGGUUCCCUUUCACCGUUAUCGCAAGUAGCUUUAGUUGGUCAAUUUUAUCUCACUGGCGGUUUGGGUCUUUGGAUCGCUGCUAUUAUGUCAUGGCUUCAAGGUGCUACUUUUCAAAUGGUCACAUUCGCUUCUUAUGGUUCUUUCUGGUUUGGUUUUGCUUUACUCAACUCACCUCAAGCCGGUAUCGCUCAAGCACUCGGCGGUGCAAAUUCUCCAAUGCUUACGGAUGCAGUAGGCGCAUACAUGAUAGGAUUCGCUAUAUUCAAUCUUAUCAUGGCAAUCAUGUCAGUCCGAAUCAACUUGACAUUCGUCACCAUCUUCUUUACUGUUUUCCUUGGCUCACUUUUGAUCGCUGGAGGAUUUUUC